GCCAGAGCCUGCUCAUGUGCUGCAUUGCUUCGCGGUAUGAAAGCUGAAGGGUGUCUUCCAUCUCGUUCAAUUUACUUCUGCUUCUUCCUCCAUCACCGGCCCCCCACAACUUCCACCACCGGCGGCGGCUAUUGUCUCCCCGAGUAACGAGGAAGAGAUCAGCAUUCUCUUUCCCCAUUCUAUUUUUUUUCCUUUCUUUUUUGGCAAUCUGAAUCAGCGGGUGUUUCAAAUUUCAAAUUUCAGUUUUCAACAUCAUUCAACUGUAAAUACAAAGAAAAUUAGAAAAAGGAACAAAGCAAAGGGGGUUUAUGGCCAAACUACAAAAGCAAGAGGAGCCUGCAAAUGCAAUCAUCCACCCCCUCCAAGCCCAGGUCCACCAGGAAAAGGUGGAAGAAGAUCACAAAGAGUCUGACCUUGGAUCUGAGGAACCAGACGCCCCUUUGCCUCUUACCGUCACUUCUCGGGUGUUGUGCAUGUUGGGGGACAUCACAGCGGGUCCUGCAUAUCGGUUCACUCAAUGGUUGGAAUUGGUUCGUAGACGCAAUGGGAGACACCGCUCCUUUUGCUUCCCAAACCGCCCCCCAAUGAAAUUGUCCAAUAACACUAUGCCUCUGAGUGCAGGAGAAUCUAAUGUUGAUUCAAAAACUUCUCUGCCAUCAGAGCAAGCAGUUGAAAUCAGUUUGUGGGAAAGAUUUGGCAAAGCUGCUAUUCUGGACAUCGAGUCUAAUUCCUUUUCUUGGGACAUGCUUUCUUCUCUUCACCGAACUGAACAUAGCUGCAGCACUGAUCAUUCUGAAGAUGAACUGAAUAGAGCACUUGAGGUCACUGUGAAUUCUGGUGGAGUUGUCUUUUUUGCCCUAUUCAAUCAACCUGAGAAUCAUGAUUAUUUUCCAAAGGAAGCAGUAGCUGUUAUAAAAAUAUCAUCUUCAAGGAUGGCCACACAAUCAGAGCGUCUUGGCUAUGAAUUCGCGAAGUGGCUUGGAGUUCGAACCCCACAGGCCAGGGUCAUUCACAAUACUAGCCCAGAGUGGUUUCAGAUUAAAGAAGCUGCAGAGAAGGCAAGGGAUGCAGCAGUUGCAGAAGGAGACGAAAUUGGUGAAAUGACAUGUUCAGAACUUUUGGAAGCGCUUGAACUUAGCCGAUGCCUCUUUUUGAUGAAUUAUGUACAUGGAUCUCCUCUAUUGGAAAGCUCAAGUGCAUUUGAUUCCUGGGAAGCUUCCAAAAAGACGAGUGCAGCGCUUGGAAGGAUCUUAAUGUUGGAUCUUGUCAUCCGAAAUGAAGAUAGGCUCCCAUGCCGUCAGCUUAGAUGGCGUGGCAAUUCUGCAAAUUUAUUGUUAGCUAACAAAAUAGCUUCAGCAAAUAUGGAUGUACUGGAGGAAGCAUUUGAUUCUGCAAUGAAGAGAUACAGACCAAGAGUAAUUAGGGCUCUUAAGAAGGAAAGAAGGGCAACUUCUGUUGAUAGUAGAUUGAGCCCUCAUAAUGCCAGUUUGACGUCACAGGGUUCUGACCUUUCAGAUGUAAUGGAAACACCAAAACCCAGCAACAUGAGCCUAACAAGUCAGGCAUUGAAUGAGUCAAUGUCAUCUGAUUUUGACAUUGUGGCAAUUGACUCUGGGGUUCCACGCAGACCACCUGCUGGAAAACGUGCAAAUGACCAGGCAACUUAUCCUAAGUUGGUUGAGCUUCUUCUCAACUGUUCUGAGUACUCCUCAAAUCUGUUACAUGACAUAACAGGAGGGAAGAUAGGAUCUCCAUCAGAUGAUUCUGACACCAUGACUGGUAGACGCUUGACUGAAAUGAGUUCUAUUCAUGAAUUUCGUAACGGGUUUCGUGCUGCUUUAAGGGACCUGCAGGGAUUCCAUAUAUUCUUACUCACACUUCAUCAAAAACUCGAUAUCCUGUUGCGCACAUUUCUAAGCAUUAUAAAUAGAACUUCCUUAGGAGAUUUUGACAAGGAAGAUUUGGUGGUUCCUGAAUCACCAUCGCAGACAUAUGGAGCCAGUGUUCACUGCCCCUCUUCUUCAAGCAGGGAAAGGGUCAUGAAUGACAACCAUCCAGAUUUCAGUGAUCCAGAGCUGCAGAGAACAGCUCCUAGACAGUCGUCUUCAGUGUACAAAGAGGGCUCAGACUCUAGUUCUCCAAUCUCACGAGAAUGUUGGCAUGGAAAGUUUAACAAAGGGACUGGGGAACCACUUCGCAGCCUGCGCUUGACAACAAAGCUCCGUGAUUUCCAAAAAUUUGCCAAGGUUGAUGCAGAGUCAAAUAAAGAUUUGGAGCAAUGGAAUGAAAUGCUAAGAACUGAGGCUGUCAAGCUAUGCCAGGAGAACAACUUCAAUACUGGGUUUUUUGAAUGCGCUGACAGUAACAGUGUUGUUGAUGCCUAUGAGUUGAAGGUCAGACUUGAACACAUUCUUGAGAGGAUAGCCCUGAUAUCUGAUGCUGCAAAUACUGAGAAGCCAUCUUCAGUUACAAGUAGCCUCUUCAUUGGAGGGGCUCUGGCUGCAAGAUCUGCAUACACACUGCAACACCUGGGGAUUACGCAUAUAUUGUGCUUGUGCUUCAAUGAAAUUGGACAGUCAGAAUCCCAGUAUCCCGAUCUAUUUGAAUAUAAAAAUUUUUCUAUAUGUGACAACGAAGAGACCAACAUCAGCAAUAUCUUUGAAGAAGCUUCAGAUUUUAUUGAUCAUGUUAAGAGAACAGCAGGGAGGGUUUUGGUUCAUUGCUUUGAGGGGAGAAGUAGAAGUGCAACAUUGGUUAUAGCUUACUUGAUGCUGAGGAAGAACUUCACUCUAUUAGAAGCAUGGAAUGCCCUAAAACAAGUUCACCGAAGAGCACAGCCCAAUGAUGGGUUUGCGAGGAUCCUUCAGGACCUAGAUCAGAAGCUGCAUGGGAAAGUUUCCAUGGAGUGGCAGCAGAGGAAACCACUGAUGAAAGUGUGCCCCAUCUGUGGAAAGAAUGCUGGGUUGAGCAGCAGCUCACUCAAGCUUCAUUUGCAGAAAUCACAUAAGAAGCUAUCAUCAGAACAAACUUCCAAUGGUACACGACAAUUUUCUCCAUAUUCUGACUUGAAAUCUAGCCCUCCCCCAAUGCUGCUGCGCUCAUUGGAAACAAUUCUCUGUUCCAUCUUUCUGUUUUCCACAGGUGAAAAAGAAUUUUUUCUCCCAUUUUUAUGAUCACUAAAACAAGCAGCAGAUGGUAGCUGCAGUAAAUGAUUGUGACCCGGUCAAUUGAAAGAGUGGAAAGGUAAAAGGGAUGAUGGUAGAACUGGAAUAAAAGCUGAUACCUGUGCAUGACAAAACCAACCUGAGGGCCAGCUCUAUCAAUCAAGUCAAUUGCAUGCCUUACAAGAAAGCGGUCAGUGGUCUCAGUUGAUGGUAGGCAUCAAGUGACAAGGAAAUGCAGGUGGAGCAUAUCUCAGUUGAGGCACCAACAUAUUCAACCAAGGCUAUUUUUGAUGCCCCUGCGUCCUUUAUACACUCAUUUGCUCACUCUAAAACAAAAUCUAGUCAAGAAUUGAAAUCUAGUCCUAAAAUAACUAUACAGCAUUCAGUUAUGUGAUCAUUGGUGAAACAAAAUUGGUUAGUUUGGCAAAGGGCAACACCUCAUCCCCACAGUUUCUUUUCCCUGACAUGAACCAUGGGUAAUCAGAGCUUUUAACACAGCAUUGCCAUAAAACUUAGGCUUGAAAUGGUAAGCAUACACUUCCUGAUCCUAUGAUGAAGUUGUAACGUAAUUGUUUCCUAAUGAUGAGUACUUGGUAGGGUUGUUCAGCUCAACUUUGCUCUUCAUUCACUGUAUAAAUGAGUUCUCUAUUUUACGUUGUGUUGCUAUUUUACAUCCUUUAGAAGUUGUUGUUAGGACACUUGCAGCUAUCUCAUGGAUAUAUGAAGUUAUGGAAGAAAUAGUUGUGGCUGCAAUUUUUUCCAUC